AAAACGAGGCCACGUGAAACCGUGAGAAGAGAAGAACAAAUUUCUGAGAUUUCUUCCUCUUUCUUGCCGUAAAAAUGGGGAUUUUGGAAAGAAUCGCGGAUAUUGAAAACGAGAUGGCACGAACACAGAAGAACAAGAAUACGAGUCACCAUCUUGGAUUGUUAAAAGCCAAACUUGCUAAACUUCGACGAGAACUCAUUACUCCGAAAAGUAGCGGUGGAGCUACUGGAGAAGGAUUUGAUGUCGCAAAGACUGGAGAUGCCAGAAUUGGUUUUGUAGGUUUCCCAUCUGUUGGAAAGUCUACACUGUUGACAAAUCUGGCAGGUGUUUAUUCAGAAGUUGCAGCUUAUGAAUUCACAACACUGACAACUGUACCAGGUGUCAUUAGAUACAAAGGAGCUAAAGUUCAGCUUCUUGAUUUGCCUGGUAUUAUUGAAGGUGCAAAAGAUGGUAAAGGUCGAGGACGUCAAGUUAUUGCUGUUGCCAGGACGUGCAAUCUUAUAUUCAUAGUUCUAGAUGUGCUCAAACCCCUUGGAGACAAAAAGAUCAUCGAAAAAGAAUUGGAAGGUUUUGGUAUGAGGUUAAACAAGACUCCUCCAAAUAUUGGAUUCAAAAAGAAGGAGAAGGGUGGAAUCAACCUCCAGACUACAUGUAUUCAAAGUGAACUUGAUAUUGAUCUGGUAAAAAGUAUUCUUGGGGAAUACCGUAUCAACAAUGCAGAUGUAACCCUGAGAUACGAUGCAACUGCUGAUGAUCUUAUUGACGUCAUUGAAGGAAACAGAGUUUAUGUCCCGUGUGUCUAUCUGCUCAACAAGAUUGAUCAAAUAUCAAUAGAGGAGUUGGAUUUAAUUUACAAAAUUCCCCAUGCUGUACCAAUAUCUGCCCAUCACAAAUGGAACUUUGAUGAUCUCCUUGAGAAGAUGUGGGAUUAUCUCAGUCUCAUAAGAAUAUACACCAAACCCAAAGGGCAGUUGCCAGACUAUGAAUCUCCAGUCAUUUUGAAACAUGGUGGGCACACGGUGGAAGACUUCUGUAAUCAGCUUCACAAAAGUAUCAUGAAAGAAUUUAAGCAUGCUCUGGUAUGGGGAGCGUCAGUAAAAUACAGCCCUCAAAAAGUUGGUAAGGAUCAUGUCCUGAUUGAUGAAGAUGUAGUGCAAAUUGUAAAGAAGGUUUAAUCAAGCUAGUUCCUUAAGAAAGAAAUAAAGAAUACACAAGAAAAGGCCCAGCUAUUUCUUAUUCCCUUUAAAACUGUCAUCUAUUCUUCAAGGUCAAUUGUUGGAAAAGUGUUUUUCUGGUGAAAAACCAUUCGUUGAAAGCUAUAAUAUUUACUACUGAUUGUAACAUGGCCAGCAUACACUUCCCACUCAAAGUUCCAUCAAACAAGUUUAAGAAUAUCCCAAACCCCAAACUUGGAUACCAGUACUUUUUUGAACUAUAUUCCAAUAUUCCAUGUAAUGCUGUCAUUAUUUCAAUAAAUGUCCUAAAUCCUUGAAUCGAAAUAAAACUUGAAAGAAACUAAA